CGCUGCAAAGGUUUGUUUGCCGGUAACCGACUUUCUCUCACGCACCGCUCAGAUGACGCAGGCUGGGGUCCCUGCGACGGUGCCGGUCGCUCAGACAUAAGUAGAUGCGUCGUCUUCGCCCCAUUGCCGACUUGCCAACCUGCUCGUCUUUCCGUGUUACAUUCUUUCAUUUGGUCAAGUUAUAAGACGUUUCUUUAUUGUAUUUUGAUCCUAUUCUUUCGCUCCCUUAAAGGACUCAUUUUCUCCCCAGGCUGGUUCCUGUUUCAGAUACCCUUUCACGAUGCAUUUCAACGCUUCCUUGGUCUGCCUGCUGGCUACAUGCUAUCCUUCCUUUGCUCACGCUACGACUCGACCGAGAUCCCCCUUCACCAGGUCCUUGCAGGUCCGCCAGAACGGCGGGAAUGGCCAGUUGAAUCAAGAUGUCAUCCAGCAAGCGUCGGCCAGCGACGGCGGACCUUCGAAUGGGCAGGCACCAUCUCAGACAGACAACAACAACUUUAUCAACUUUUGCCAGGGCCAAGACCUUACCAACGGCGAGCAGAAGCAGGGCGGCUCCUGCAACGGAAUCCCAAUGGGCAAGAUCCCAUCAACGAACCGCAUGGUGUCCGCCAUCUUCACCAACCCAAAGAACGGCGAUACCAUCGCCUCCAACACUGGCUUCACCAUCUCGGUCCAGAUGCUGAACUUCGCCCCGGGCACAUUCACGAACCCGGACAACACGUACUACUCGGCGCCUCAGGACCUCGACGGUAACGGCAACAUCAUCGGCCACACCCACGUCACCGUCCAGGACCUAGGCGGCGACCAGAACCCGACCACGCCCCUCGACCCCACGACCUUUGCCUUCUUCAAGGGCAUCAACGACCAAGGAAAUGGCCAGGGCCUCCUGUCUGCCGACGUCGCCGAUGGCCUGCCCGCGGGUAACUAUCGCUUGUGCAGCCUUGUCGCUGCCGCCAACCACCAGCCCGUCAUCAUGCCCGUCGCCCAACGCGGUGCGCAGGAUGAUUGUGUGCGCUUCACCGUCGCGGACAACGGCGGCAACAACAACGGCGGCAACAACAACGGCGGCAACAACAACGGCGGCAACAACAACGGCGGCAACAACAACGGCGGCAACAACAACGGCGGCAACAACAACGGCGGUAACAACAACGGAGGCAACCAAGACAACCAGAACAAUGGAAACCAAGGCGGCAACAAUGGAGCCAACAACGGAGGAGGGAGCGGCGGCGCGUCGAGUGCCACAGCCCUUGGCGGACUCGCCGCCCCAGCCGUCGAGGACUCGGGCGACAGCAACAGGCCCUUCCGCGUCAACGGCGACACUUUCACUGGAAAGGACACCGCCGUCGGCAGAGCUUGCGACGUGCAGAGGAACGCCUGCUUCGACGCCGUUAACUCUGGCCAGGCUAAUGGAUUCACGGGGGGAGAUUGCGACAACCAGCGCAGCGCGUGUGUCACUGAGCUCUCCGCUUAGACACGCAGAAGAAGAGAGUAAUGUGUCGGACUGAAUGGCCCUGUAUAUUAACUAUAGCCCCUUGUUAGUAUGUAUCUAUCUAUAUAAACAUGAGUCCGCGUUCAACUACUCUUAUUCUAUUCUGCUGAGACGUGGACGUAAACAGCCCUGCGAACGACGAGCGGAAGAUCGCCACCCUCAUGGCGGCUGACAGCGCGGAUGUCGAGCGGGAGUGUCCGUUGCUAGCUUCGUAGGUUUGGAGUGCGAGCACGCGAGGGAAUAAACCAAAGGUCGGUACUAGCUAUGCUGUGGGC